GGUGAACAGGAUCGGACUACUGCUUCGCUGAAUAACGUUACACCAGGUGGCCACGUCGCUCUGGUAAACCCCAGGUAAGAUGUCUCAUCGGAGUGGGCAAGAGGACCCGGAGCGGUACCUGUUUGUGGACCGCGCUGUCGUUUACAACCCGGCGGCGCAGGCCGACUGGACGGCCAAGAAGCUGGUGUGGGUCCCCUCGGAGCGCCAUGGCUUUGAGGCAGCCAGCAUCCGGGAGGAGCGCGGCGAGGAGGUGCAGGUGGAGCUGGCGGAGAACGGCAAGAAGGUGAUGAUCAACAAGGACGACGUCCAGAAGAUGAACCCGCCCAAGUUCAGCAAGGUGGAGGACAUGGCCGAGCUCACCUGCCUGAAC